AUGGAUUCGUCACCGCGGCGUCGCACCGCUCAAAAUGAUAGUGGCGUGAGUUCGGAGACAGACAUUGGCCGGAACGAUGGCUACAACAACAUCGAAGCCAGUCCCAGUCAGAACCCAGCCCCCGGCUUGGGCCCACGAAGUGUGUGGUCCAUCCUCGGACAAUGGUGGCCGGAGUUUUUCUCCUUUCUGGCGGCAUGCGGAUUGCUGGCGGCCAUAUUUGGUGUUCUUGAGAGGAAUAACGACCAGAGAAGUAACCAGUGGACCAUCUCGGGACUCAGUCUGAACUCUUUCGUCGCCUUGCUCUCCGCAAUCCUGAGAGCCUUGGUCCUCCUCGUCGUGGAAGAAGUCAUCAGUCAGCAUAAAUGGUUGUGGCAGCUUCGCCGCAGACCGGUAGGCCAACUUAACUCUAUCGACGAGGCAAGCAAGUCGCUCAUGGGCUCCUUUUUGCUUCCCUUCCGCCUGCGUACAUGGUUUUCCAACAUGUACAUCGGAUGUCUCAUCAUGAUCUUGUCCUUGGCUAUCGGGCCUUUCAGCCAGCAGGCAGUAGGAACCAAGACCUGCUCAAUUUGGCAGAAUGGCGUCAAGGCCCAGGUUCCAUAUACCACUCGAGGGCCCGAGUACUUCCGAUACGGAUCAGGACUGUUCGAUAUCGAGCCCGGUUACGCCGGCAGAAUGGCCAGUGCUUGCAUGGAUCCAUCCACCCAGAACUCGACAUUCCUCGUCGAAGGGUGCUCCACAGGAAACUGCACAUUCAUACCCAACCAGCAAGAUGACUACUCUUUAUCGACGCUCGGAGUGUGUUCCAAGUGCAUGGACACAACCAAGUACCUCCAGAAGAACAAAGACAGUCAGAGCGGCUACGAUAUUGUUUCGAUCCCUGAUCUCAUCAACAUGACGGGAAACUACCAGAUCACCGGCUUGGAAUCACGCAUCAGUUCCCUCAGCUGGGCCCAGGCUGACUUUGACGACAUGCAACGAGCACUCUUCCCAGCAUCCAUCAUCAACUACACAGUUGUUGGUACGACAUCUGCCGGCUGCUCGUACGCCAACGAAUCAAGCAUCAUCACCGGAUGUACUCCCCCAACCGCGCUGGACUACACAUGGAAGGCUGGAAACAGAGAUCCGCCAAUGAACGUCUUCUCUUCGGGCUGCACGUUCUACCUGUGCAUGAGACACCAUAGCAUCUCGGUUGACCGUGGCGUCUUCAAGGAAGAGCUUGUUUCUUCUUCUCCGGGUUUCCACAUGGUCCCUGAAGGGUCCCUCGAUCAUGUCUACCUUUGGAAAGACAAGUGCAAGGUCGGUGACGAGACGAUUGAUAUGACUAGAGCGAGGACUGUGAAUUUCCAAGAUGGGAUUAUCGAUGUUCGGUUAAAUGACGAGGACACCGUGGGUCGUACGUUCCCCAACACGACGGACUGUCUCGAAGCCGUUUCGUGGCAAAGCUACAGAGCCCUCCAGAAGUCGAUGCAGCUGUUCAACGGAACCUGUCGCUACCCCUCUCAAGCCACCCUUGGCAGCGUCAAAGGCCGAAGGGAGCAGAUCCAGUGCGAUGACUACUAUCUCUCCGGCCUGCUCUCGGAUGGACUGGGCUCUGCUUCAGCAGUCUCGAGCACAUUCGAGGCCGUUGCCAACGCAGUUACGAACCGCAUGCGCCAGAUGGCCGUGCAAUCCAACUUCACCGCUGACGGGGGCAGCCCUACUUAUGAGAAAUCACAGGAAUCCCAGACCCAGGGUGGAUUUGUCCAGGGUGGAUAUAUCUACGGCAACGUGCUCGAGUACGGCGUCUGCACCGACUUCCACGGCGCGUGGCUCAUCUUCCCGCUGCUGCUCCUCGUGGCCACCGCCCUGUUCCUGCUCCACACCGUCAUCCGCUCGGUUCUCCGUCGCCACCAGGAGCCGCUGUGGAAGAGCUCGUUGCUGCCGGCGCUCUAUGCCAGUCCCGAGUCGCAGCUGCAGGCGGGCUACCACUCUCUGCAGCAGCUCGAGGAGAAGGCCGACCAGGAUUCCGUGCAGCUGGUCAAGACUGGAGAUUACAAGUGGGAAUUGGUCAAGGAUUCUGAGCAUAGUGAGCAGGAACUGGCGCCAAUGGCUGCGCCGGUAGAUAUGGGGCAGGAGUAUGCACACAAACGAUAG